CACAGUAGAUAUGGUAGAUAUUAUCGUUCGACAUACAAAUAAAAAGGCUUUGUCAGUCUACGCAGCAUUCAAUGCAGCGCAUCCAGAUUCGAAGCGAGAAUGGAAGCAUGUUACUGUACAAGAAAUGUACUCAUUCAUGGCCAUUUUGAUUUGCUCUGGUGUUAAUAAUUCUAACAUCGAUCAUAUAAGUGUUAUGUGGCAUUCAAAUUCAUAUCCACUCUAUCGAGCGACAAUGGGGCUCAAUAGGUUUCGAAACAUCAUGCGUUUUAUUAGAUUUGACGACGCCAAUACACGCCAGCAACGCGCAAAAGAAGACAAAGCAGCUCCGAUCCGUGAUCUCUGGACAAUGCUCAACGCAAAUUUAUCUAAGAUGUACAAGCCGACGGAGAAUUUAACGAUCGAUGAACAACUUUAUCCUUUUCGCGGUCGCACAAAGUUUACGCAGUAUAUACCUUCGAAACCAGCCAAAUAUGGAAUCAAGAUUUGGUGGAUUUGCGACGCUGAAAAUGCCUAUCCCUUGCACGGCAUCAUUUACACAGGCAAAACAGAUAAUGUUCGAGAGAAACGUCAAGGAGAAAGAAUAGUAAAAGAACUUGCAGCCGCGUACCGAGGCAGUGGUAGAAAUAUUACCAUGGAUAAUUUUUUUACAACCUUACCAGUUGCCAAACAUUUACUUUCAUGGAAGUUAACUUUAGUUGGCACUUUGAAGAAAAAUAAACCUUACAUUCCAAGUGUGAUGGCUCCGAAUAAAUCGAGAGAACUAUACUCUACUAUGUUUGGAUUCCACGAAAAAGUAACGCUGUGCUCCUACGUACCGAAGAAGAAUAAAGCAGUUAUUCUAAUAUCAACGAUGCAUUCCGACAUGGCUGUGAACGAUGAUGCUAAGAAGAAGCCCCAUAUUAUCACAUAUUACAAUAAAUAUAAAGCUGGCGUCGACACGAUGGGCCAAAUGAUUAGUAGAUACACUACACAACGUCGCACUUUGAGAUGGCCGGUAGUUAUGUUUUUCAACAUAUUAGACGUUGCCUCACUCGCUGCCUACCUCAUUUAUUAUGAAAAUAAUAAGAUGCUGCCGAAAAAAACCAACCAGCGACGGUUAUUUCUACGCCAAUUGAGCGAAGAACUUGCAACGCCAAUGAUUGAGGAUCGAUAUCAUAACGUGCAAAUAAUGAGAAAUUAUAGCACCAAGAUCGCUAUUGAAAGUGUAAUCGGUCGGCCAGUAAAUCCAGUGGAGGCUGAUCCAGAUCCGUCAGUUCAACGAGAUGCAUCAGGAAGGAAGAAAGUUAUCGGUUCCUGCCAUAUUUGUUACAAACAAACAAUUAAGAAGAGAAGGAAAACACGAAAGGCCUGCUCCGAAUGUGAUAGGCCUAUUUGCGAUGAACAUGCGAUAACUUUUGCCAAGUGCAUAGAAUGCAAUAAAUAAAUGUUUUUUUUGUUUUUUAAAUAAAUUUUCAUGUAUUUUCUUAUUACGCAACUCAUUUCACAUGCAUAAAUCAAAUAAAUUAAUAAAAAAAGCUAAUAGUUCACUCAAAA